CCUUCAGUUCCCGCCGUUCGCGUCCUACCAAACUGCACUUCCUUAAUGUUUACUAAAUUUCAUACGUACAUUCUUACCAGUUGAUAAUGGGCUUCUAAUGAAGUAAGGUCACACGAACCGCUUACAUUUCUAUACGAGUAAUAAUAAAACAGUACUUACUGAUACGCCUUUUGUUAGACUUUGAAAUACCAACACGGAGUAUUUUGCUAAUUUCGCAAGAUUGUUUUACCUCGGCUAAACCGAGUUGAGCUACGGUGACUAAAACCUCUAUUUUCGAAAAUUCCCAAAACGUUGUAACUACACAACAUUCACAAUGAAAGUCUCAGAGGAUCAAGUUGUUGAAGAUGAUGCUACAUUUCAGGAUGAUGAGGAUUCCUUUUUCCAAGACAUUGACCUUCUGCAAAAAUAUGGCAUUAAUAUGGCAGACAUAAAAAAGAUGAAGACUGUGGGGAUCUGCACUGUGAAGGGAAUCCAAAUGACCACUCGCAAGGCUUUGUGCAACAUUAAGGGAUUGUCAGAAGCAAAAGUGGAAAAAAUCAAGGAGGCUGCUGGGAAGAUGCUUAAUGUUGGUUUCCAGACUGCCUUUGAGUACAGUGCCAAGAGGAAGCAAGUUUUUCACAUCACAACCGGGAGUCAGGAGUUUGACAGUAAACUGUUGGGUGGAGGAAUAGAGAGUAUGGCUAUCACAGAAGCCUUUGGUGAGUUCCGUACAGGAAAAACACAGCUCUCCCACACACUUUGUGUCACCACUCAGCUGCCAGGAGAAGAUGGCUACUCAGGCGGGAAGGUCAUCUUUAUCGAUACAGAGAACACCUUUCGCCCAGACAGACUGAGAGACAUUGCUGAAAGGUUUAAUUUGGACCAUGAUGCCGUCCUUGACAAUGUUCUUUAUGCCCGGGCCUACACUAGUGAACAUCAGAUGGAGCUAUUGGAUUUUGUAGCAGCCAAGUUCCAUGAGGAAGGAGGGGUCUUCAAGCUUCUGAUUAUUGACUCCAUCAUGGCCCUGUUCAGAGUUGAUUUUUCAGGCCGAGGUGAGUUGGCUGAGAGGCAGCAGAAACUGGCCCAGAUGCUGUCCAGACUGCAGAAGAUCUCUGAAGAAUACAAUGUUGCUGUGUUUGUGACCAACCAAAUGACUGCUGAUCCUGGUGCAGGGAUGACAUUCCAAGCCGAUCCCAAAAAGCCAAUCGGUGGCCACAUCCUGGCACAUGCUUCCACCACAAGGUUGAGCUUGAGGAAGGGACGCGCUGAGAUGAGAAUUGCCAAAAUAUUUGACAGCCCAGAUAUGCCUGAGAAUGAGGCCACUUUUGCCAUCACAGCUGGAGGAAUUACUGAUGCUAAGGAGUGAAAGAUGAACAAACACGUUAGCACUGUUAGAUGUUCCCUUUCAUUCACAUUACUGUUUUUACUACACUAUUUAUUAGCAUGGUUUUCAUGUUUGUACUCAAAACAAUAUAUAUUAGAGCACUUAGCUUUGCCUUCUUGUAAUUUAGCGUAUUUGUAAGAAUUCUGUUGCAUGCAAUGUACUGUAUAUUCUUUGUAUUGUUAGUACCAUGCUAUCUUGUUCGCGAUUUGACAAAGUAGA